CGGAAGCGCCGCAACGGUCCUUGUCUGGGCAUUUGUGGGCUUGAGUACUUUUACCGUUUCCGCCAGUCCACUUGAAUGCUGUCAAGUAGGAGGGAAGAGCCAAGUACCGAGCGACCGGGAGAAUGGAAUUUGACUGGCGUUGGAGGGAGCCACACUAAGAUUGGCCAGCCCUGGACCUGGACUUUGAUGUCGAAUCUGAUUCCUCUACCAGAGGUCAAAAUCGGGAUUGCGUUCGAGGACGACUUAGAGCUGUAUCUGAAGCUCAACAUAAAGAUGAACACAGCGUCGACAUGAAUUGAACGUCGUUUCUUCCAAGGAUCCGAGUCAUGGUUUCUGCAAGGGAGAUGAUAUCACAGCGGGCCUUGCGGUUGUCACUGAUAU